AUGCCCGAUGAGUUUCUUGCCACGAACCCCCCCCCGCUCUGGCUCACUCUCUACCACCUAGUCACCCGCCUCCCUGACACUCUGCGUGCAGUCAGGGAUCACUUCCUAGCUCGCUGCCCCACUGAGCUCACCAUUGCCCUCCUCGAGAAGGAACUACUUGCAGCUGAGGCUAGCAUAGUCGCUGUAGGUGCCUCUCGUGGCGACCCCCGCACCCCUUUCUUUGAGGGGUGUUCCCCUUCCCCCCUUCUUCCCUCUGUAGCCUCUGCUGCUGCUGUCGACCUCCUUGGUGCUGAGAAGGUCGGGACUGCGUCCGCUUCGAGCUGGCGCCGCAGCGGCAAGGGCAAAGGGGGCAAGGGAGGCGGAGGUGACGGCGGGGGAGGCGGUGGUGGGGGCGGUGGCGGCGGUGGGGGUGGUGGUGGGGCUGGAGGGACUAGUGGCAGCGGUGGGGGUGGUGGCGGCAGCGGCGGGGGAGGUGGCAGGGGCGGGGGCGGUGGUGGGGGCGGCGGUGGACGCGGCGGCGGCAGGGGAGGGGGUGGUCGAGGAGGUGGCGGCGGUGGUGGUGGUCGUGGAGGCACUGGCAGUGGCCAGAGCCAGCAGCACACUCCGUCGCCCCAGGAGCUCCGUGAGUGUGGAGAGGGUGCUCAGUACCUGCGUGUUCCGCCCGACCCGGGCAUUCGGACCAGUGAGGCUGCCGCUCUAGGUGCUAGUGCGUCUGUUGCCCUAGGUGCUGGUGAGGCUGCCACUCCAGGUACUCGCGUGUCUGCUACCCCAGGUGCUGGUGAGGCUGCUGCUCUAGGUGCUAGUGAGUCUGCGCCCCCUGGUACUGAGUCGACUGAGGCACUGCACACCUUCACACUGGACUCAGGUGCUUCUCGCUGCUUCUUUCGUGACCGCACUGCCCUUGAGCAGCUUGCUCGGCCAGUUGCUGUCUCCCUCGCUGACCCCUCUGGGGGUCCGGUCAUUGCGACCUCCUCCACUGUCCUUCCUUGUCCUGCGGUCCUGUCGGGCACACUGUCAUGUCUCCACCUCCCCUCGUUCUCUACGAACUUGGUGGCGGGUUGUGCGCUCCAGGACGGAGGUGUUCACCAGUUCACUCCUGCCUACGAGCGCGUGACACACUGCACGUGUGCUCGGACGGGCCGUCACCUGGCUACCUUCGCUCGGCAGCUGGGGUCGGACCUGUACACACUGACCACUGAGUCCCCUCAGGUAGCUGCGUCUGCGUCAGGUCAGCUGGUUCUCCCUCCCCUCCCACCCUCGCCUGCUCCUCCCUGUCUUCCCUGUGUCGAGGGGCGGCAGCGCGCCGCUCCUCACUCCUCCUCGUUUCCCCCGACGACUGCUCCCUUGCAGACGCUCCACAUGGACGUGUGGGGCCCAGCCCGCGUCCGUGGUCAGGGUCAGGAGAGGUACUUCCUGAUAGUUGUUGACGACUACUCGCGCUACACCACGGUCUUCCCCUUGCGCACCAAGGGUGAGGUCCCUGAUGUUUUGAUCCCUUGGAUCCGCGCUUCUCGUCUCCAGCUCAGCGAGCGUUUCCACUCGGACUUUCCUGUCCUACGCUUGCACUCUGACAGAGGUGGUGAGUUCUCCUCCGACCUCUUGGCAGCCUACUGUGCCGAGCACGGCAUCCGCCAGUCGUUCACGCUUCCGGCCUCUCCACAGCAGAAUGGGGUUGCUGAGCGCCGCAUUGGCUUGGUCAUGGAGGUCGCUCGUACCUCCUUGAUCCAUGCGGCUGCCCCCCACUUUCUGUGGCCGUUUGCGGUCCGAUACGCUGCGCAUCAGCUCAACCUCUGGCCCCGUGUCUCCUUGCCGGAGACUUCCCCGACACUGCGUUGGACGGGAGAGGUUGGUGAUGCGUCGCGUUUUCGGGUCUGGGGAUCUCGAGCUUUUGUUCGCGAUACGUCCGCGGACAAGCUCUCCUCCCGCGCUGUUCCUUGUGUCUUCCUUGGCUUUGUCCCGGACGCGUCUGGUUGGCAGUUUUACCACGCCACCUCGCGCCGUGUCCUGCCCUCUCAGGACGUCACCUUUGACGAGUCCGUGCCCUACUACCGCCUCUUCCCCUACCGCACUGCCCCGCUCCCCCCCCCGCCUCUCUUCCUCGCGCCAGGUAGACCCGGUUGA